AUGAAUGUUACUAACCAUUAUUGUUAGUCAGCAUCAUAAUACCAAAAAAUGAGUAGUUUCACUGAUUUUUAGAAGUAUCAAUAGAAGAUAUUCAAAUAUAUUGGUUAAACAAAUCAAUUAUAAAAGUAGAAAGGUAGUAUCUAUAUUUUGGUUAUGAUAUAAUACAUCCACAAAUGUUAGUUAACUAUUUUCACCUACAGGUACAAUUUUAACAAGUUUCACUAGUAAACAAACUAUCACAGUUAUCUUAAAAGUACUUUACAUAAACUCAAGUUUAGUACACUUACAAGUUAUUAAUAGCAUUAACAAAAAAUGACUGCUUAAUCAGCUUACUUAGUUGUUGCCAUACUAAACUAUAAGGACGAGCAUAAGGUUUAAGUUGCAGCGUCAAUGCAAUAAACAGGAAGGCAUUUUUUUAACAUGAAUACUUAGUACAUCUGGAUAAUUUCUAGGUUAUUCUGUAUGUUUCUAUUUUCCAAUAAGAUACCAUAAAGAGAGUCUGAUUAUUGAUC